AUGGGCAAACGGGUAACAUUGGAUGACAUCCCACCUGAAUUGAAAGACUUGAGACCAUUAGAAUUAAGACUGAUAAGCCAACGAAUCCCUUUCAUGAAACUUGUUGGACUACCCAGAGGAGGACAAAAAGCAAUCCAUGGCAGUGCUGUCAAUGUACUAUGUAAGCUACAGCAAGUCACGUCCUUACUACCAAGGCUCCCAAACAGUGCUGAAGUUGUAGCAGUAAAGCUAAAGAGAAAACUUGCCUACAAGGGACAUUACAUGUACGAAUGCGUUCGGCUGAAACGGGUGAUGGAUGCUCUUCGCUGGUUGCAAGAAAAUAAUCAGCUUUACAACGACAUCAAUGUCUGUGAGGACUGGGAAACAUAUUGGCAAGAAGACGACGCUGAUCUCUGGAAUGCAAUGACAAGGGCAUGUGAGGAACAAAGUAUUGUGGACCAAGCUAUUGAGAAUUCCGACACCGCAACAGGCAGCCUGAAUGAAUGUCAUGUUUCACAAUCUGAUACUACCCUUUCACUUUCACCAAAUGGAAAUGAUUAUCAGCUGUUAACACAUUUAGCCAGAAGACAUAACUAAUAACUUGAAGAUUAAAGAUGUACCCGGAGAUGGGAAUUGUUUCUUUCAUGCGGUAUCAUUUUGUCUUCGUGCAGCUGGAAUACAAGUCAUUAGUGGUCCAGAUAUUCGAGCUGCACUUAUCCAGUAUUUUCAGACAACAGACGAGAAACGUCACUAUAUGGUUUUUCUUGAAUUUGACGACACUACUUUUACCAAUUCUCUCUCCACAGAAGAACAACAACUCCAGGAGUUCGAGGUAUAUGUUAAUCGUCUAAGAAAUGGCGAAUGGGCAGACAAUCUGGCAGUCCAAGGUGUGGUUGAUAUGCUAAACGUUAACGUAAGGGUUAUUAACACGAUCACACCUAACUGGAUACACCAAAUUCAACCCAGACAGCAAACGACUGACAAUACUAUUACACUUGGCCAAAUGGGUGAACUUCAUUAUGUUGCUCUUGAAAAUGUUGAAGAGACGAUUAGAAAUGAAUCACGUUUUGAGGAAGCAACCAACCAAAUUGAAGACGAAGAAGACAUUAUUGCCUACGAGCAAACAAGCAAACUUCGAGGCAUCCCAUAUGAUACCCUGUUGCAAGACGAACAACAACUUGUCAAUGAUGACAGCACAUAUUCUAUAGCUCCUGAAGAAAAUCAAACACCGUGCGCAUUCUUGAUGGAUGAAAAAUUUGAGGAGUUGGCUAACCCUUCUAAAUAUCCUUAUGGCCGUGGCGGCCUAUCAACAAAAAGACAGAGAAAAAUCACAGCCAGAAAAUAUUUUAAUCAGAGGUUAUUACACAAAGAUGGCCGAUUCGCCAGUGAUAUUGAUUACCUCUUGGCUGCACAGUAUACAGUUGAAGCAAAACAAGUUCGGGAUGAUAUGCAAAUAACUUUACGACAGACUCGUGGCCAAUCAUUCCAAAACCGAACGGUAAACGCUGGCCUGGUUAAGUCAUCCGAUAAUCUACAAGCUAUGAUUCGUACGGAUACAGCAUUCAAGUUUCUGAAGAAUGUUCGUGGAUCUCCUGCUUAUUGGAAAACUGUUUUGCUAGAUUUAUUAGCCAUGGUGCGACAACUUGGAAUGCCUACAUGGUUUUUGACUCUUUCCGCAGCAGAUAUGCAAUGGCCUGAAGUUAUCCAGAGCAUCGCACAUCAAUAUGGUAAAGUACUGACGGCCGAUGAUGUAAAAAAUUUGCCAUGGUUGGAAAAGUGCAAAUGGUUACGUUCCAACCCAGUGACAGCAUCCCGUCAAUUCAAACAUCGCUUGGAUCAAUUCUUCAAAGAGUUCAUAGGCGGAAAGGCCAAUCCAAUUGGCGAACUGCAAGACUAUAUGAUCCGUAUAGAAUUUCAAGCUCGAGGAUCUCCCCAUGCACACACAAUUCUAUGGAUUAAAGAUGCCCCUGAACUUGAUGUCAAUACUGACGAAGAAGUUAUCUCUUUCAUUGACAAAUACCAGACAUGUGUUAUUCCUGAUGAAGAAAACACCGACCUAAGAAAUCUUGUCCUCUCCUUGCAAAAACAUGUACACUCAUCGACUUGCAGAAAACGUGGUUCAUGUAGGUUUAGGUUCCCUCACCCACCAAGCGGGAAAACAUUGAUAGCAAGACCACCUGAUGAAUCCGAUCCAACUAUUCUACAAAACGUUCUAAAGACAAACCAAGAAGUGCUUCGUAAAGUUCGAUAG